AUGCCGCGUGCCCCGGCGAGCCUCCGCCUCCAGGCAGCAGCCUCCACCGCCACCGCCGCGACCCCGAGCGAGCAGCAGGCUUCGUCGUCGCCGCCUGUUCCACCACCGCCUCCCCAGCAGCAGCAGCAGCAGCCGGCGGUGUCGGUGGACUCCGACAUGGUGGUCAUCCUGGCGUCGUUCCUGUGCGCGCUCGUCUGCGUGCUCGGCCUCGCCCUCGUCUCCCGCUGCGCCUGCCGCCGCGCCUCGUCCUCCACCGGACACGGCCCCGGCCCCGCGCAGGCACAGCAGGCGCCGCCUCCCAAGGGGCUCGAGAAGAAGGCCAUCGACGCGCUGCCCACCGUACCCUUCACCGCCGCCACCGCCUCGGACUGCGCCAUCUGCCUGGCCGAGUUCGCCGAGGGCGACGCGCUGCGCGUGCUCCCGCGCUGCGGCCACGCCUUCCACGUGGCCUGCGUCGACGCCUGGCUCCGCACGCGCGCCACUUGCCCCUCCUGCCGCGCCGGCAUCGUGGCCGCCCAGCCGCCCAAGCAGCAGCCGCCCGGCGCCUGCGGGAGGUGCAGCCAGGCGCUCAUGGCCGCAAGUCCGGCUCCUGGAUAUGACACCUUCUUGCCUUGA